CGGGACUGUUUCUUUAAGAAACACCCGGAAAAAUGCGAACGUGAUGUGCGUCAAAUGCGCGCGCACUUUGAGGAAGAGAAAUAGCGUUUGAAACAGAUAACAGUGUAAACAACAGAGAUAAAGUCAUGCGGAGUGAACCAAGCUUUUCAAGUUUGGACACCAAACGGACUCUGAUUGCACCAAACGUCUUUGCUUUUCGUCUGAGUUGACUUCAAAUCACAAGGCGAUGGCUGCAGAACGGCACGUCAAAAUGCUUGCGGUUAAAGGAGACGUGCUUGCUUUCCAGUGCAAGAGUUUCAGCUCAAAAACCAGAGAUCAUCGCAAAGGCUCAGAGGUUUCUUUCUACAGUCUGUCCUUCAACCGAGACUCACAGAACUUCUCCGUUAGAGAUCGUAACUCGUCUCUGAUUCACAAGGACAGCUCUGCAGAAGCAGUCGUCGUUCAUUGUUGCUCCGCUCUGGAUGUUCAACAGAGACAAAAAGCGCCUUGUGUUUUACUGAGACUGUGCAAGAAGAGGACGUCUGCUUUUAAAUAUAUGCUUUACUCUAUAUGCACAUCCACAGAAGCAAAGCUUCAUGCUGAGUUUGUGUUGCCAUACGAGAUGAGAGAUAAUAUUUCGAUAUUGCUCGGCCCUACAUUGAUUUGGAGUCAUGAAAACUCUGUGUUUUAUACAUCCUCGCAAACCAGUGGAGUGAAAGAAGUCCCCAUGACGGUCAAUUUUAUUGGCGAACUUCCUCUUCGGCAAAGAAAACUAGUGAUCCAAGGAGCCCAAAAUGUGCCAAGCGAUCAAUCUAAAGUGAAAAACAUACUGUAUUUCAUAGAAGAUGGAAGAACUUUGAAUUUUGCAUGUCUUGUGCCUGAUGCCUACAGCUCUGUGAUCCAGUGCAUGAUGGUUCUGUCGGCUGAAGAAGUCGACGGUGGUUUGAGAUCGGCUGUUCUGGCGGCUACAAGCAUGAAACAGCUGGUUCAUUUUGAGAACGGACUUCCUCGGGACGUUUGUCUUCUUCCUUACGAGCAACCGCUGAGUAUUCAGAUGAUUCACACUCUGAAAGACGACUGUCUCGUUGUCGUAACCUUCAGUCAGGGAAACGUCUGCGCUGUGUGGAAAGACACUUUCCAGGUGGCGGGGUGUUGGACAGGAGUGCGUCUGCUGCUCGUUGAUGACUUUAUGGGAUGCGGGACGGAUCAGAUGCUCUUAGUGUUUGAGAGUUCAUCAGCAGAACCGCUUAGCAGCUUCCUACUCACUGAUCUGUGUGCCGUCACUUACUCUUGUGGCCGAUCAGACGGCGAGGAGCCGAACACAUCAGACGCAGCGCAGGAGAAUCACCUUCUUAUGGUUCAAGCAUUAGAGUCCAGACUGCAGAGCGGCCUGAACGUCCUUGAAGACCUUCAGAGAGACGUAGAAGUCAAAGACAGACUUCUACAGCAGUCAUUAGUGGCUUUAACUGAUCUGGUGUCAGGCAGAGAACAUGUCUUCUCCUCUCCACAACAGGAGGGGCUUGUUUCUCUGUGGGAUGAAGACGAUGGUGAUGGUGCUGGAGAUGAAGAGGAUGAUGGGAUGCAGACUCAAUGUGCUGAAGCUCCUCUGAAGAUGCACAGAGUUUGGCAAAGAGUCAUCGGACAGAGUUUGAUCGUCGGUGUCGUUCUGACAUCAACAAAUAACACGUCUGUAAUGAAUAUUAGCGCUUCGAUUGUGUUGGAUUCUCAUCAAACCGGAGUGACUCCUGUUCUGAACACUAAGACUGUGAUCCUGCCGUAUCCUGCAUCAGACGCAGCUGUCGCUCUCGCUCUCGCUCUCGGCCCGUCGCCGGUGAAGAUCAGACGCUCCGAUUGUUCUGCUGACAGCGACGGAUCAAGACUCGCCCUGGUCGCUGUGACUGACGCAGCUCCUUUAUUAACCUCUGGCUGCGUCAGAUGUCCCUUCAUGCUCCAUUACAGCUCCAAAGAAUCACCCGGAUCUCCUGCGGCAGAAUGUGCUCGGGUUUCUCAACACUGCGGGCAGAUCUCGCUGGAUCUGAAGGAUAUUUCCAUGGGAAAGCUGCAUCCACGACUGUUACAGGAGCACAGACUCAACACAGACGAGGCCAGAGAGGAUCUCCUCAGCCUGAUGGCGCUGCUGGACGUGUGGUUUUUCCGGCUGGAGUGUCCGGAUCACACGCUGGUGGAUGUGCAGGGCUGGUUGCAGGAGUCGCUGAGGUUCGAGCGGCUGGAGAUCGACCCACACUUCACCGCAGACCCGUCGGGCGUCAGGCUCUUCCGCUGGGAGCAGAACUCACCGUUUCAGGGCGUCUUGAGCAUCUACUGCAGGGAUGAGCUGAGUUUGCUGCACUUCCUGCACUCGCUGUGUGACUUCCUGCCCGUGUCACAUGACCUGCAGCCGCUGGAGAGGCCGAGGCUCUGCGCUGGAUCUCUGGCUCAGACUCUGCAGACGGAGAUCCACACCGUGACGCAGGAGGCGUCUUCAGCGCUGCGCUCUGAUGAGGGAGCGAGGAGAGAAGAGGCGGAGUCACAGACGCUCCACACACUCAGGGAGGAGUGGCUUAAAGAACGGGAGCGGUGCAACGAGAGGCUCCGCCCCCUGCUGGACCAGACGCGCUACAGCAGACUGAUAGAGUGCAUGAUUCAUGCGCAGCUGGACGCCGAUGAAGCCGCUCUGAUGGAAGCUCCUCGUCUCGGCUGUGGAUCUGAAUCCGUGAGCUUCUGCUGGUUUGGUCUCGAGGUUCUCCAGGGCUUCACACAGGAAACACUUCAUCUGCCCUCAGAGAAACAGACUCUCCAUCACCGCCUGCGUCUCACCUCCAGCAAUCGUUUGUGCGUUUGCUGUUGAAAAUAAACGCUUGGAUGCAAAAAGCCUCGAAGACAAUUAUUUAAAAAAAUAAAUAAAUAAGCUUCUUUGUACUGUAUUUCAGUCUUUCAGCUUUCUACCAAAAUUUCACAUUAUUUGCUGUUGUUACUUGUGAAAUUUAAUAUCAAUUUAUGUGUGAAAAUUAUUUCCUAUAUGUAUGUGUAUCAGUUUUAUCUCAAAAUGUAUUUUUAUUUUUUUGUUUACAGUGUAUAAAUAACUAAAUUACUAAAAAAAAUAAACAUACCGAAAUGCUACAGAAUGUUUUUUUUAUU